AUGCCGCCGCCGCCGGAUUACGCGCAUGCCGUGCCUCCCGGCCCGAGGCGCUCCAUUCCUCCCCAUGUUCACCAGCUUCGGCGCGACAUCCGCAACGUCGACCAAGGCUCAUGGGUGCUCCCGAUUCCGAGCGACAGGGCCUACUUCACCUGCAAGUCGCUCAUCUCCGUCACCUUUGCGCACGGCCUCAUCGCCGUCAACAGCGCCGCCUUUUACGCCUGCCGCUCCCUCAAGUAUGUGUCUCUCCCGGACACCCUCGCCCUCCUCGGGCCCGGUGCCUUUGAGAACGACUGA